AUUGUAUUACUAUAUCGUAUUGUAUCGUAUUAUAUCGUAACUAUCUUCGGUUCCAGAACCAGGGAUUUCAUCGCUAUUUCCGAUCUUGCGGACAGGGUUUUGUUCCGCUUCCACAGCCGGUCUCAGCCCUUCGGAUCCGCUGUUCUUCCGGCACUGCUUCCUAUGCUGUCUCUGCUUCCUCUCCGGUGCUGCCGGUGCUGCCAGUGCUGUUCUGCCUAUGUUCUCCUCUUCUGUGCCCACUCCAAACAGACACUGAUUACUAUUUACAGACCUAGCUCGGCUCCUCUAGCAGCCUCUUUGGUACCCUCUGCAGAUCCACCAUCUCCCACCACAUCAUCGUCUUCUGUGCCUCUCUCUGCCCUUGCUCUGCCACUAUGAUCUUUUUGCGCAGCCCUACACUUUGCUCGCUUUCCCUCUUCUACGUCCUUUCCGCAACUUCCUAGCUCGCUUUCCUCG